UAUAAUAAUUUCAAUUAAGAUCAUAAUGAAUAAAAUUGUAAUUUAUUCAUUAGUAACAUAAAUAUGUAAAGUUAAAAUAGGUAAGGGCUUAUGCCAAUUAGUGAUGGAUGUGAAAAGAUAGAAACAGUAGCAAUAAUAGAUAUUCGGCGUAGAGCAAAUAUUGAUGGGACAUUUGCAUCAAUAAAACCAAUUGAAGAAGAAAAAGCACCUGUAAUAGUAGGCAGAUCUGGAAUAUCUUUUAUUUGUGAUACUUAUUUGACAGAAGCAGUGUUAAAAUAGUAAUUUGAUUUGAUAGCACUUUCUGGAGGAUUAUCAAAUGCAUAAUAAUUAGGAACUCAUUAACCACUAGUAUGAUUAGAUUAAUUAUAUAUAGUUAGAUCAAUUAAGAUAGUAAUAAGAGGAAGGUAAAUGGAUAGCAGCUAUUUGCGAAUACCUUAAUUUGUUUUAGAUAAGAAUGGUUUUAUGACAAAUUCAACUAGAACAUGUCAUCCAGCUCAUGAAUAGGAUUAUAAAGGAUAAUUUUCUAAGGAUAGAGUUCAUGUCAGCAAUAAGUUUAUAACAUCA